UUAUAGUUUACUUAUGGUUCACUGUGUUUCAAAUAGACGACUCCGCUUGUAGAUAGCGGUUCCCGUUUACGUCACGAGCCUCUGCCUCCCCCUUCGAAUUUAUUCCCUCCUUUUUUUUGCAUAAACGUGGUUGUCGGACUUCAGACGUGGAAACACUUCAGGUUUCAGCUCGGCUGUCGACUGUUAAGACGGGGUUUGCUCCCUCACCCGUGUUGGUUUGUCCCGCGCGUGCCGUUGUUUGUCUUUUAAACUUCCGUUUGAUUCAUCAUAUACACCGAGUAACGGUCAAGGGAUGAGCCGUGACGUAGCUGCGGCGUAACGUCACAAUAGUCGCGUGCUAUCUGGCGGACACAACUCCGCGCUUUAUGGACCCUAUUUGUACUUUAGUCCGCGUCCGGGAGCUUUUCUUCUAACGAUUUAGCGGGCUCGGAGCCUCUGCCAAUGCCAGUCAUUUUCUUCAGGAAUGAUUGGAAGUUAGCUUGACAGCUAACCAGCGAAACGCCACGCUUGUGCCGGUGAGCAGCCCGCGUGCGCAGCGGUACGAUGAUGACAACGAUGAUGGUGGUGGUGAGAGGAAACCUGAACGCUGUCGCCCGUGGCUCCCGAUAAUUGACUUUAACAUGGUCACGUUUUUGCUAUGAUUGUCGCCGGUGUGUCUGCUGAGAGCCGAUAAGAAAUCAUCUCGGGUGAGGAAUGAGCGGGCCCAUUCCGUGAGAAUAUGGACAACAAAGAAUAAGGCCACCCUACACAGACAGCGGGGUGUCACAUCAAGGUUUUUUUUAUUUUUAUUUUAUUUUUUUAAAUUUUAUUUUAAAUCAGCUAGCAAGCUUGUUAGCGGAUUAGCCACACGGCCUGGACUCAAGGGAUCUCAGUAUCCAACAUUUGGAGUAUUCUCUCCCCUUUUCCCCAUUGCUUUUUUAUUUUUUUGGCUGGCGUGUUUUUUUCUACCCCGAAGCGCCGCGCUACGAUGGGCGCUCAGACGGGGGAUGUGGAGCCCAUGCCGGGAUACUUGGAGCUCAUCAGCCGAGCCUCCAGCGUCAUGCUGAAAUCGUGGAGAGACUGUAGCGAUUGCGGUCUGGAGCUCACCACACGGACUCUUCUGGAUCACGCGUACAUUACCUGGACCGAGAUCGCCCUGUUCUUUUUUUGCGCCUUUUUGUGGACGCAGAUCAGGCGGGGAUUGACAGAAUGUCUGUUCAAGCCACUGGCACAGUGGUGCAGAUUGCUGCCCAAAGAUGCCGCCAAGAUGCCGGAGAGUGCGUGGAAGCUGGUCUUCUACACAAUGUUGUGGUGCUACACCACGUACUUGCUCUUCUUCACCUCCUACCCCUUUUUCAACGACCCGCCCUCUGUCUUCUACAACUGGAAGAGCGGAAUGCCAGUGCCUAUAGACAUCGCCAUCGCCUACCUGAUCCAGGGCAGCUUCUACGGUCACUCCAUCUAUGCCACCGUCUACAUGGACGCGUGGAGGAAGGACUCUGCUGUCAUGGUGGUGCAUCACAUCAUCACCCUGGCACUCAUUUGUUUCUCCUAUGCUUUCAGGUACCACAACGUGGGCAUCUUGGUGUUGUUCCUCCAUGACAUCAAUGACAUCCAGCUGGAGUUCACCAAGCUCAACGUCUACCUGAAGUCCAGAGGAGGAGGCUACUUCCUGCUUAAUGACGUGCUCGCCAAUAUGGGCUCGGUCAGCUUCAGCAUUACCUGGUUCUGGUUUCGCCUGUACUGGUUCCCCCUAAAAGUACUCUAUGCCACCUGCGUGUCAGUCCCCAACAUUCCCUUCUACUUCUUCUUCAACACUCUGCUCCUUGUACUGUUGCUCAUGAACAUCUACUGGUUCCUGUUCAUCGUCCUAUUCGUAGUGAAAGUUCUGAAGAUGAAGGAGGUGAACGAUGUCAGAGAGUACGAAGAGGAGGAAGGCGCCAAAGCAGCAGGGGGCCUGCUCAAAAAGCCUCUGGCGGCGGCUAGAAAUCACGGCGAUGAUCACCCCGAUGAUGAUGCUGGACAUCACAACUCUGACGAGGGGAAGCACGUGCAAAACGGCAUCGCCAAGGAGAAGCAUCUAUAAACGUCUCUGGGUUGCUCCCACCUGGCAGAAGAGGAGCAGAAGACCACCGCCGCCCUCCCCGAACACACACCCAUAAAACAUUUGGAAGUAUUUCAUGUUGUUUUUACUCGAGCACUGUGAAUGUUAUCUCUCGGAAGCAGUGAGCAAAGAACUGUCGAGGUGGUCGUUUUUUUUUCCCUCCACUUUUCCCCCAAUCAUCCGAGAUCCCUCGCUUAUUAAUUAAACUCUCAUCACACGGGGUCCGCGGUGGCCUCCCUGCCGCACGAGUGCGUAUGUGUUGAAAUACGUCAAGCGAGUGAAUGCAGCUUGUUCUUUUUACAACACUUCACCUCAAUUUUACUUGUGAACCCCCUCCCCGUCCGUGUGUGUGUGUCAUGUGUGCUGCACUGACAUGAAGGCCAACAAGCUGACGCUGCUUUAAUGACGGCAAUUAGCCAGAAGUGAUUGACUCGGGUUUUGAAAUCGUUUCUUUUGUGUGUGUGAAUGUGUAAAGGGCCCAUCUGAAGAACUGUUAAGAAUCUGAAUUACCGUAAUAUAAUGAAGAAAAAAAAAAAAAUCAAAGUAUGCACACGUAUUCAGGAUCGCAUGACGUAGGAAUGAUUUUGGGAACGUGCUAUGGAUUUUUAUAAGAAACAAAACGAGAUCUUUUCGCUACGUCAUUUUUAUUUGGAAUGGAGCGAGCGUUCCUACAGAUGCAUGCUAUUUGCACAAGUUUAAAAAGAAAAAAAAAAAAGAUGCCCAUCCCUUGACUCCUGUUCAGAUUCGGUACUUCCUCAGAUUACCUUGUCGAUCAAUUUCGGGUACUUGUUUUGAAAACUCAGCAUGCUUGUAGUGCUGGAGCGGGUCGCACACUUUGUCGCCUGUUUACCUUGUUGUUUCCUAUCAUUCCUAUAUACGCUAAACAACAAAACUUUGUGGUGGUUUCGGAACUUCGGUGGAAUUUUUUGAGUUUCGAUUGAUUGCAACGGGGAAGGACUGACGGGAUGAUCAUAUUUUUGAAUGUAUUCUUAAAAACUUCAAGAAAAAAACGGUAUGUAUUCAUGUGUAAGUCGCUAAACUCGUCCAAUGAGUUUGUCGCUAGUAGACAUCCAAUCCAUUUGAACUGGGAGGGUGCCAGCGAAUAACAUUAAAAAAGUAGGGGUGGGGGGGCGCUACUUUGCGGUUUUUCACUUAUCGCGGCGGGUUCUGGUCUCCAUUAAACGCGAAAAACGAGGGAUCCCUAGAAAAUAAUUUUUUGUUUCUUUUGGUAAUAAUAUUUUAUUGCUUUGUAGUCAAUAUACUAGGGGUUAGAAAUCCAAAUUCACUGCAAACAUGUUUGUUUUAGUUAGUAGGCCUCAAAAGGAAACAACCCUGUAAUAUUAUGACAAGAAAAUUCUUCAUUUCUAUGGUUACACAGUCAUAAGGGCCAUUUGUGGCUAUGGAAAACCUAACUGAAUUGCCGACCGGGACUUUUUCGGUAGCUGCUUCCCUCUGAGAACGUCAUCUUUCUCAGUUGUUCGUAUCAGGUUUAAAUUCCAGUUCUAACAGAAUCAGGAAAUGACUUAUGAAGAAGUCUGAAUUGAAGAAUAGAUUCCUCCCUAAAUUCCACCGAAAGUCGAAUAUCCCCAAUUUUUUGUGACAAGUGUUUUAGUUCAGGGUAUUGUUAAUUUGUAUCAGGACUGCUGCUGUAUAAUUUCUUUCUUUUCUGAGUACACUGUUCUUAUUCUUUUAUUGUUUAAAUUGUAUUUUGUUAUCCUCUCCUGUCAAGUGUCGGACAGUCUGAUGUAAUCACAUGAAAGAGGGACCAGGGAGAGUGGACUUGUUCUUCUGCACGGACAGGUGCUGAAAGAGCGUCUUUUCUUCCUUUGCGUAGGGAAGGCCGGUUUACGCGUCCGCGCGUGCUGGCUGUCAAAUGUCAUGUUAUAUCUCAUGCUGACGCUACGUGAUCUGCUGCAAGAUGUGAGAUUCCACUUUUAAGCCGCACACAUACACAAUGCAUGCACAGUGGAUAGAGGAAGUAUACGGCAUUACUUUUGUCAAUGUGAAACUAUUGUGAAAUCUUUACCCCUAAAGUUUAUAGGACACUUAGAAACAUGAGCGUUCACAGCCAGUCUGAAGGGUUUAAAUGAAUUGGAUGUCUGUUGUUGUCAAUGGCAGGCAUUGAGUUAAGUACAAAGGAUAAAAGAUAUAAUAAAAUAAACUUCUGAGUGUUAUUAGGGACCAUAGCCAGUGUAUUUGUUUUUAUUGUGAAUUUGAUUAAUUUUGUUUGGACUACAUUUGAUUAAUUUUUAAUUUUAUUUAUUUGUACAAAUAUUUAAAAAACAAAAAAAACUUUUUUUAAUGCUGUAGAGUGGUACCUCUACUUACGAAAUUAAUUGGUUCUGGAAGUAGUUUCGUAACUCGAAAAUUCUGUAAGUAGAGACGGAUUUUCCAUGUAAAUGUCCUAAUCAGUUACAAGCCCCCCAAAAUUUAGACAUACAGUGAGGAGUAGAAGUAUUUGCACCCCUUGUGAUUUUGCAAGUUCACCCACUUAGAAAAUAGCUCGUCGUCUGAAAUUUCAAUCAUAGAUACAUUUCCACUUAUAGAGACAUAACCUAAAAAAAAAAAUCGAAAUUCACAUUAUAUGAUUUUUCAAUAAUUUAUUUGUAAUUUACUGGGGUUCAUAAGUAUUCGUACCUCUAUGAAAAUCAGUGCUAAUAUUUAGUGCAGUAGCCUUUGUUUGCAAUUAGAGGUCAGACACUUUCUUUAGUUCUUCACCAGGUUUUAACGUAUGGAAACAGGGAUUUUGGUUCACUCCUCCACACAAAUCUCUAGAUCUGUCAUGUUUCGGGGGCUGUCGCUGAAGUUUCAGCUCCAUCCAGAGAUUUUUUUAUUGGAUUGAGGUCUGGAGACUGUUAUCAUACCUGUACACGACUAGUCUUAACCUGAAAAUUCUGUAUGUAGAGACGUUCGUAAGUAGAGGUACCACUGUAAUUAGAAUUUAGACAUCAAAUUUUGGGUCACGUAGGCCUCACUUGUACAUCAAAAGUUCAUAUUAUUAUGAUUUUUAACAAAACAAAAAAAAAGGUCAAUUGCCCUUUUAUGUCUUUUAAUCUUUUUAACCUCAUUACCCUUCGGUUUUAAAUUCUAAUCUGAAAAAUUCAUUCAAAACCUUCAGCCUUAAGCCUAAUGACUUGAAAGAUUGUUUAAAACCCUGACUUAAUGCCAGCCCUAAUUUGAAAUAUGAAUUUGAGAACUGAACUGAGGCUUAAAUUUUUAACUUGAAAACCUUAAUUCCAAAUUUUAAGUUUUCCCCCUUCCAAUUUCAAGUUUCUUUCAUACAGAACAUUCCAAAUGCAUCAGAAUAUGUGGGAUGCCAAGUGGCAAAGUAACAUUUUCUGCUGUCGUUUUUUUUUUUUUUUUUAACUGCUAAAAACUAGACAAGUUCGAAUGUUGACUUUCUCUAUCCGCUGUCUCCAAGCACCACGUCACCUCAUUAUUUUCUCACUUCUCCUAUCCUGUGUUCGAUACGGCGUCAGUAUCUCAGGCUGCUUUGUUGGAAAUCAGUGAAGCAUCUUGUGGCAGUAUUAUUACAAGUUUUUUUUUCCUUCUCUGUUUUGUGCAUGUAAUUAUUCAACUAGUUUAGUAACAUACAGUAUACACCCCCUUUGAGGAAAUGGCCCAGGAAGUGACAUAACUACUUGAAAGCCACAGACAAAUUUAUAUGAAAGAUAAUGUGAAAGUACAAUAGUCGCGGAGUCAAAGCUACUUAAGGCUUUUUAGUGUAGCGAGUCACAUAGCUGACUUUGAUAGUGUGUCACCAAGUCAGGAUUAGUGGCACCAAAAUAAAUAAAUAAAUGGAUUAAAGGUAAAGGCGAAUGCAUUUGGUACUUGAGAAGCAGUGAUCUUUGUAUCUUUUGUUUGACUUCAUUGCGACUCCAAUGGUUGGAAAUGAAAGUUCUGAUUGUGCCAAAAUGUCCACUCCUAAUGUCUAAUCAUGAGGCGGAAAGGCUGCAUGUUAGGGGGAAAGCCAUGCAAGGUGUUGUUCUUUUCAUUGAAGAAAAAUAUAAAUCUUAAUUGCACUGUAAUUUAUUAACGUUUUUAAUAUUGAUUAGUUAAAUCAGUACUAGAAAAGGGAAGGGUGAAUUGGGGGUAUUUUUAGACUUCAUUUGUUGUUCUUGUUGUUGGGAUGAAACAUUGUAUUUUAAAUCAUUCAUUUUUGGACAACUGAUAAAAAAAAAAAUGUAAAAAAACCCUGUAAAAUUUAAUUGCCCACAAUGCAACCAUUUGCUCUUUUAUAGAAUAUCCAGAUUGUUCCCUCCCCCCUCAAAUAAAAAGGUGUCAAGUUGGAAAAAAAAAAGAUGUGGGUUGUCAUUAUUUUUGCAAAGAACAUCAGUCAGAUGGACUAAU